AUGGCUCUUAUGCGAAAUUGUUACCAUUUUUGGUUGAUACUGCUUCUUUAUGGCAUGCGGAGGGUAAUGUCUCAGCUAGAACCAAACAAUAAUCUCAAAAUUAAUGUACAUGGCUUGGAAUUAACUCAAGCGCAAAAUAUUCAGCGGCAGGAGAUGCUGCAGAAGAUGUGUGACUCUCUCAAUGGGGCAAAAGUUCCCUCAAACGAUGAUCUCACGGAGCAACAAAUGGAGCAUUUGCUUGUGGAUAAGAAACACAACUUCCUCUAUUGCUAUGUGCCUAAGGUGGCAUGUACAAAUUGGAAAAGAGUGCUAAUGAUACUCACAGAUGCCUGGAAUGGCACUGAACCACUUGAUAUUCCCGCAAAAUUAGCUCACUCACCAGGAAUAUUUGUAAAAUUCAGCGCUCUACCAGACGAGGAGAAGGCGCAAGUUUUAGCCGAUUAUACACGCUUUAUUAUCACUCGGCAUCCCUUUGAACGCUUACUCUCGGCCUACAGGAAUAAAUUAGAGGGUAAUCUUUCAAGUGCUCAAUACUUUCAAGCUCGUGUUGGGCGCCAGAUAAUAAAGCAUUUUCGCCCAAAUGCCAGCAACUUGUCACUCGCUACCGGGAAUGAUGUCACAUUCAGCGAAUUUGCACAGUACCUGCUUACACCGGAGUUAAGUAUGAAUUAUCAAGGAAAUCAGUCAUUUAACGAGCACUGGGAGCCCAUUACCAAUCUAUGCAAUCCCUGCUUAGUAAAGUAUAAUGUUAUCGGAAAGUAUGAGACACUAAUUGAGGAUUCAGCGUUGGCACUACACCUCAUAAAUGGAACGGUGACAUUUCCUGCAGGUCAGAGGACAUCUGGAACGAGUGAACGGAUGCGAACUUACUUUGAUACACUGCCUAUUGGGAUCUUGAGGGGUCUCUAUCAACUCUAUGAGAAGGACUUUAAGCUAUUUGGCUACAGUCUAGAUGAUGUAUUAGGAUUUGAAUUGGGAUGACUUAGAAAAUUGACUUUGGUUGAAUACAACCAUAUACUUAAAAAAUGAAUUACAGGAUCAACACGUUCAUUUAUCCAGAAAUUAUACUAUGUGUGUGUGUGGAAGAGUUCAAUAAUUGUGAUAUCAAAAUUGUUGAAAAUACAUGUUUUUAUACCAUUUCUUUUAUUUUGAAGUUGGUAAAAAUUCCCUAAAUUGUAAAUAAUAAAGAAAAUCUUAUACAAUAUAAAAAUAUUUAAGAUAAUAUACAAAUUGUAGUACAAAACAAAAUUAAAAUAUUUAUCCGGAA